CAUCUCUCUCCCUGCAUUUAUAUACUCCACUCUUCUUCUCUCCACUCCACACAAAAGAAGAGAACCAAAACAUGGCUAACUCUCUCAUCUCUCUUCUCCCAAUCUUCCACUUGUUGGUGUUAUUAGGAUCCUCAGUGAAUGCUUAUUGGCCACCAUCACCUGGUUACUGGCCAAGCUCCAAGGUUGGGUCCUUGAACUUCUACAAAGGUUUUAAGAAUCUUUGGGGUCCUCAGCAUCAGAGAAUAGACCAAAAUGCCCUCACCAUCUGGCUUGAUAGAACCUCCGGAAGUGGAUUCAAGUCAGUGAAGCCAUUCAGAUCAGGCUACUUUGGAGCAUCCAUCAAACUCCAGUCUGGUUACACUGCUGGAGUCAUCACAUCUCUCUAUCUAUCAAAUAAUGAGGCACAUCCAGGAUUCCAUGAUGAGGUGGACAUAGAAUUCUUGGGGACAACAUUUGGGAAGCCUUACACACUUCAGACAAAUGUGUACAUUAGAGGAAGUGGUGAUGGCAAAAUCAUUGGUCGGGAGAUGAAGUUUCGCUUGUGGUUUGAUCCCACUUCGGAUUUUCACCAUUAUGCUAUUCUUUGGAGCCCUAGAGAAAUCAUAUUUUUGGUGGACGAUAUUCCUAUAAGAAGAUACCCAAAAAAGAGUGCGGCUACAUUUCCUCUAAGACCAAUGUGGCUUUACGGUUCCAUAUGGGAUGCUUCUUCUUGGGCAACUGAGAAUGGUAAAUACAAAGCUGACUACAAAUAUCAACCUUUCACUGCCAAGUACACCAAUUUUAAAGCGAUUGGUUGCACCGCCUACUCACCCGCACGGUGCCAUCCACUGUCAGCUUCACCAUACCGUUCUGGCGGAUUAACUCGUAAGCAAUACCAAGCAAUGAGAUGGGUGCAAACACAUAAUAUGGUAUACAAUUAUUGCAAAGAUUAUAAACGCGACCAUUCUCUAACGCCGGAAUGUGGGCGUUAGAAGAAAAUUUGAAAAAUGUUCUGAAGUUUGAAAUUUUUAAUUUUCAUUAAGAAAGUUUUGCAAAAGAAUUGGGAAAAAUUCUGAAGGUUUUAUGCUACUACAUUAUUGUCUGUUUUUUUUUUGUUUCACAAAAAAUAAAGGGUUUAUUUUUUUUUUCUUAUCAUCUUGUCGAAUAUGUAAAGGUGUCCAAUACCACAUUGUUUGUCAAAUGUGUUAAAAAGAUGUUUGAAUGUUGUUUCGUUA